GGGGGCUUCGAGGGGCUUCUCGCUGCUACCGGGAGGCCAGCAAAGUUUUCCUGAAAAAAACCCAGUCAAUCGGUAGGCAAGACCAGCGUCCGCCACGGUCGAAGCCAGUAGGAGAGAGACCACAAGCAGCAUGUCCUUUAGCCGAAAGAACUGGUCCGCGCUGUCCAGCCUGGCUCGACAAUGGUCUGUUGAGGAUGAGGAGGAGCAGGAGAGAGAGCGCAGGCGAAGACAUAGGCAACUGAAUUCCACCUCUGAGGCAAAGGAGGAGGAAUCCUCCAGCACAGUACAGAACGUGGCCAGGCAACCAUCAAACAGGUUUGAUAGUUCCUUAGAGGCAAAGCUGCUUGACUUGGAAAAUUCAGUGCUGAAAAAUGAGAAGACUCAAGCAGAUACAGUAAAUAAACUGGAAGGGAGAAGAGUGAGGAGGAGAGCAGAGUUUUUAAAUAAUACAAAACAAGAAAAGAAAACACCAGUGAGUACCAAGAAAUUUGAAAAGGAACCUGCUAAAGAGAAUACUGCAUCUCCUCCAGAACCAUCCAAAGAAGAGGUAACAGCAGGAAAAUGUGAAACCCUAAUUCAGCAAAAGGACCUUAUAGAAGAAAGCCAUCAAAUCCAGAGUCAGAAAAAAGAGGAGGUCACACUGGAGAAACAUGAAGCCUUGAACCAUGAGAAGGACCUCAAAACAGACAUAGAUCAGGUCUUUAGUGAGGAGCAGAAGGCUCCAAAUGUAUGCGAAUCUCAGAGACUGGCUGUGGUCCAGAAUGAGGUGGCCCCCCAGCAGCCUCAACGAGCUUCUUGGGAACGUAAAAGCAUCAGUCGGCUUGAGGUGAAAAUUCAGCCAAGAGCAAGAAAGUUCACUGAUCCUGCUGGAGCCACACCUGCUUCUGAGGCACCCCAGGCCCCCGAAAAAGCUAUUCCCAAACCAAAUGCUAAAACUGUAAGGUCUCCCUCUGGUCAAGAAGGGAUGGAUGCUCCUGCACGAAUUUCUGAACCCCAGAUUACCUAUAGUAGCUCAUUCAACCGGAUCAGUCCAAGGACAAUCUCAUUCCGGGUUAUUCCCAGGGUAGAAAGACAAGCAGAUACUUUUAGCAGAAGUGCCAGUAUGAGGCUUCCAGCAAGCACAGUUAAACUUGAGGAGAAGCUAGAGAAAUAUACAUCUGCUGUCCAGAGGGCAGGGUCCAUGAAAGUGUCUCCAUCUGUUCGGAGAAACUUCCAACCAGCUUCAGAGGGCGUGGCCAGCAAGCGGAGCAUCUUUGAAGCCACCGUUCCUGUCCAGAGUGAGCCUCCCACUCUUGUCCGUAAGGAAAGUUUGAGGAUCCCAGGAGGAGUUUCAUCCCGUAUUAAUCUCUGGAUAAGUCGAACUCAGGAACCCAGCAAGAAUGAAGGAACCAAGGACAUUCAGAGAACUGGGAACACCAUACAGGGGAGUUAAUGGAGAAGCUGAUCUGAUGGUUUGUGAAGGAAAUCCAAGAUGUAACUGGACAAGCUACUCUCAGGAAAACUUACCUCCAUUGAAAUAAAAGGCAUGGACCACUUGGAAUUCUACUAUCCUUCAGUUUAAUGCUCUGCUCUUCUAUAGGACCAGCUGUCUGGCAAAGAAUGUCUAUCAGUCAACAUGCCUACAGUGCCUUUUAUUGGAUGGGGGCUCUUGGUGACUUAAAACAAAUGCUUUUGAUUUGAUGGAUGAGAAAGUUGACUUAUGACAGAAAAGCUAUAUUUCUAUAAUCCAUUUUUUUAUCUCUUUUUAUUGUGUAUCACCUGUCCUCUACAUCCAAAAUUAAGUCUUAAGUUGUAUCAGCAAAUACACAAUACAUAUGGCUUCUUUACUGGAUCAUGUUUCAGCUAUGUUUCCACCAUGAUGAAUACUUUUAAGUUUAAACCAAGCAAUAGCAAUUGUUGCAUAAAUGUAGCUUUGCCUAUUUUCACUGAUCUUAUUGCUAUGAUAUUAUUAGAAUAAAAGAGGGCAGUUUUAAUGGGAAAAUCUGUGCUUAACCAUAAACUGAUCAGGGCCAUGAAGAGGUUUAAAGCAGAAACUUACCUGAAUACUGGAAGUAGAGUGAUAGGCCAUCUCUGUGUUGUGGGAAAGAGAAGGGUGCAGAGUCCCUGAAUACAGUGGUACCUCGGGAUACGAACUUAAUCCGUUCCGUGACUCUGGGCGUAUCCCGAGUUGGUCAUAACCCGAAGGAAA